AUUGGGACAUCAGCCGUCCCUGCCUGUAUAGUCCACAAGAGAGGGAGCCUUGGGCUAGCUGGUUUCGCUCGAUGAUGCCAGAGAGGAAGAGGCGAAGCGAGAGGAUUUACUCCGCCCAAAAUCUGUCGGAGUGAGAUUAAGCCCUUUUUCUGUACGGAGGUAUAUGAGAGUGUCCGAAGUUGAAUUACGUUAGGCUUAUUUGAUCGAAUAGAAGUUUCGUAAUGUUUAGGAUUUACAAAUAUAUUGAUGUAAGUGGAUGAACGUGGCAUUCUGGCAAUUUGAGAAAAACGACUUAGUUGUGCAUGUUCACGCUCGCCUAUGACCUCUCAUUGGUUAGAAUGGUCCCACAUGAUCGCGCCUGCCUUCAAUCAUUGAGGGCAUGUAUUUCCAUCGUUAGAACGGUCACUCUGCUAUCUACUCAUUAUAAUAGAUCAUCUUUGAUAGUGUUCAAUUUUUCAAGAUGUCGUCGCUGGAACAGAGACUCUCUCGAAUCGAGGAGAAACUAAAGCAAGAAAAUAAAGAAGCUCGUAGAAGAAUUGACCUCAAUAUCGACAUGAGUCCACAACGUUCACGUCCGAGGCCAAUCAUCGUGAUCCAGCUCAGUCCUGCUCCAGCUCCUUCCCAACGUGCAGCUCUUCAGCUUCCCCUGGCUAACGACGGAGGGGGGAGUCGCUCCUCGUCCUCUGAGAGCUCACCCCAGCACCAUUCCUACCCCAGCCGCCCGCGACACAUGCUCAACCUGCCCACGCCACAGUACAGCCUGGUGAAGAGCGUGGAGAAUGCGGAGAUAGACCAGAAGCUGCAGGAGAUCAUGAAGCAGACAGGCUAUCUGAAGAUCGAUGGCCAGCGGUACCCGGCCGAAGUCAGUGACCUGAUCAGCGAGGGGGAGAUCGGCAGCGGCACGUGCGGCCAGGUGUUCAAAGUGCGCUUCAAGAAGACGGGCCACGUCAUCGCCGUCAAACAAAUGCGCCGGACAGGAAACAAGGACGAGAACAAGAGGAUUCUGAUGGAUCUGGAUGUGGUGCUGAAGAGCCACGACUGCCCUUACAUCAUCCAGUGCUACGGCGCCAUAGUUACCAACACGGAUGUGUUCAUCGCAAUGGAGCUGAUGGGGACGUGUGCUGAGAAACUCAAGAAGAGGAUCCAGGGGCCCAUCCCUGAACGUAUCCUGGGCAAGAUGACCGUGGCAAUAGUGUCGGCUCUGCUGUACCUGAAGGAGAAGCACGGUGUGAUACACCGGGAUGUGAAGCCCUCCAACAUCCUGCUGGACAACAAGGGCCAGAUCAAGCUGUGUGACUUUGGCAUCAGCGGACGACUCGUCGACUCCAAGGCCAAGACCCGCAGUGCCGGCUGUGCUGCCUACAUGGCUCCUGAGAGAAUAGACCCCCCAGAUCCCAGCAAGCCUGACUAUGACAUCCGAGCAGACGUCUGGAGCCUGGGCAUCUCGCUGGUGGAGCUGGCCACAGGACAGUUCCCCUAUAAGAACUGCAAGACCGACUUUGAGGUCCUGACCAAAGUGCUGCAGGAAGACCCUCCCUCUCUCCCCCUCAGCAUGGACUUCUCCCUCGACUUCCAGUCCUUCGUCAAAGACUGCCUCACAAAGGAUCACAGAAAAAGGCCAAAAUACCACAAGCUGCUCGAGCACAGUUUCAUUCGGCGCUAUGAGGUGCUGGUGGUGGACGUGGCAGGCUGGUUCCAGGCGGUGAUGGAGCGCACUGAGUCGCCGCGCAGCAGCCAAUGUUACAGCCAGCACCAGCUCCACUCGCUCUUCAGCAGGUAGCCCCCGGCCACUGGCCCCGCCCCAGCCUGCAGCCGGGAGACCCCAGAGAGGGACGGAGACACGGAGUAGGCCUUUAUCCCUAGACAGACAGACUGGCUCGGUGGAUUGAUUGAUUGAGUCUGGUUGAUUAAUUUUGAUUGAGUCUGGAUCAGGACAGACAGACACGAGGGAGAGUAGAGCUUCACCCUGUAGUUAGGCGUCAUCAGAAGUCAUAUCAGCACAUGUACAUUAUCAUCGUGAACACUUCAGCACAUACUGUAGGUUGCUCUGUAUCCACGAUGCAUGCACACUUUUCCAUCUGUUCGAUACUGACGUACAGUAGCGAUACUGUAAAAGCAUUUACGUGGUUAAACACAUACAUAGAUACUACUCACUCACUAGUCAUAUCUCACGCGCCUGUAUAAUCUUGUUCAGCUCCAGCCCUAGUCAUAGCUAUGGGGUCUGACGACAGAGUAGUCGAUACACACUGGAGCUAAUUUCUGCUACAUCAUGUAGUGUUAAGACAAUGUAAGAGUCCCUACGGCAAGCCCAGAGGCCCAGUGUCAUCCGCAGUGAUGGCUCGGCUCAGAAGUGGAAGGUUCAGUGCAAUAUUCAGCCGGGUGUUAUUGUUUCUAUACUUACUCUUCAACAGGUUGUGUAUGAGUGUGUGUACUAAGACGCAAGUGUACGCUCGCUAUUAUGGAUGGCAAAUAGCUGUCCCACUGUAGCUCUAACAGACCAACUAGACUCGCUGUAUUUGUUUCAGUCUGGUUUUUAACCAUCGUUUUGAAAAUACAAUAGAUGACAGAAACAUUAACUUUGAUUCAAAUGCUUAGCGAGGAAUAUCAACAAGUACAUGUUCUAGCAGCUUUGAAUUGGAAAAACGGUGCAAAAUACAAAAAAAAAGUAGGGUUAUGCGUAGCUCUGUAGAAAGGGUGUUUUGUAUGUAUUUAUUCAUGUUGAGUUCAGGAUGGUUUUGAGUGGGACUGGAUAACCAGUGGAUGAGAUGGAGGGAUACAGAGGAGGACAGAAGUCUGCCUAUUAUCGGACUUGGUUUACUGCAUUUACCCCCAGCUGCUGUGUUUAAACUCAGUCAGGGAAACUGUACUGCCAGGUAGAUGAGGUUUAAAGCAGUGUUGCUUGUUGUUGAAGAGGAGCGUUAGAAAAGAAAAACCGUUUGGAGGGGAGGCGUGAGUUGUUUGUGUCAAACAGGCAAGGGACAGCAGCUUGCCCUUUACAAAUAAUACAAUUAGAUAUGUUUGGCUGUGGAGCAUUUCAACCCUCCCUCUUUCCGCUCUUUCUAAAUGGCACCAAGCCACUCACCCUCUGCUUUAUUUCAUUCUUUCUGCUGUUCCAUCUUCUAGCGGCUCCACAGUUUUGGCAAACCAAAGGUGGUAGGUGUUGGUGGAGGGUGUCACACAAGGCCCUCUCGUUGCUCCUGACUGCUGCCUCCCCUCCUGCAGAGUCAAAGCCAGGUAGAGAAGACUACCCCCCCCCUUUCCUAGCCUGAGCAUUAGGAGUUUGCAAGACGGCACUGAGAGAUCUGGGAUCAGGCUAGACUUCCCCAACACACAACCAAGCCAAAUCACUGCUAGAAACAGACACGAUAGGAGAGGGAGAUAAACGGUAUGUCAGAGGAAUGGAGCGAGGGAACCGGAAAUGUUGACUGAAUAUGUGCAGAAGAAGAGCUAGGGAGAAGCAAGAUGAGGAAAGAGUUGGAUAAAAAAAAAAAUUGAAAAAUUAGUGAUGACAGGAUGAGGUGAAAAGGAGCGGAGGAAGAGAAGGAUAAGAAAGUGAGAAAGAAGGUAAAGAGAGGUACGUGACAGAAAGGUAAGGGUUAUCUAGAGCUAGUGAGGGAGGAGUGAGUGACAGCAGAGCGGUGAGUGUUUUGAUAAAGGAGAGAUGUGAGGAGGAAGCGAGAGUUUGAGGCCCUGAAUUCAGCCAUAGGCAGCCAGGCUAUGGAUCAGAUGUUGGCCAUUGUAAAGCUAUCUGGACAUUGUAAAAGCUUUCAAUGGUGUUGCACCAAUAUACCAAUUAUGCUUUUAUUUUUUAGGGUGAAUUAGGAUUUGUGUUUUGAUUGUUUGCUGUUAUAUUCAUUAUUGUAUCUUUUCAAAAAAUAUUUAAUUAUUUAUUACGUUGCUACUACUGCUGCUAAAUUGCUGUCGAUAAUUGUCCCCCAAAGGACAAAUACUUUAGAUCAUUUUUAAACCAAAUAAGUGAAGUAAUGCAAUGUCUUUACAGUUACCAAAUACAGAAGAGCAAGUCUGAUGGUGAAGGGGUGAGAGAACAGUGACCGAAAGCUAAACCCAUAGAUGAGUAGCAUAGGUUAACGUCACUAAACUAAUCCACGCAAACGAUGUACACCUCACGUGUAUCUAACGGUGUAAUAGCAUGUUGUAGUCACAUAUCGCACUACAGCACCGCAAAGUCUAGUUGUUAUUAGUGAAGGAGUGUCCGUCUGUCCGUCCUGACCUGUGAACCUUGACCUUUUGCUCCCUGACCUUGGACAUUGUAGUCCAGGGUCACCCUGAUUUGAGAAUGGUCUGUCUACCUGUCCGUCUGUCUGUCCGUGGGCCUCCUGCAAGCUCGACCUUGACAUUACACACCAAAGGUGUCAUCAACGAAAACAAGUUAUUAUUGAUAUUCUAAUUGAUUACUAUGACUACGAUAUAUUCAGAGUUUCUCUGUAGCUAGUGUGGGAUAGGGGGAGGGGGUGCUUUAGGGGUUGCAAUGCCCGUGUGUGUAGAAUACAGGGAGAGACUUGUACUCUGACAAAGCCUGGGCACAGCAAUCACACCCACUCAGCCAGACAGACCUUUUUACUGUGUAAACUGGUACUGUAAUAAGCCACUGCUCACCAUCACCAAGUCUUUGGAGAGUUCAGGAGAUUGGCUGUGUUGCAGGUAGAAUUUACAUGGUUCUCUUAUUGUUGUGGAAUAGAGAACCGUGUUGGUUCUUUGUGUUAUGUUUCAGUCUGCAACGUUCUGUUUGUUGUUGCCCCUCCGCAAAUCAUCAUGUACCAACAUUGAACCAUGACUCUUUGGUUUUGGUUCUACUAUAGGCAAUCAGGUAGUAAUGACACACACGUUAUUAUACAAUCUAGGCUGCCUGGCCCACUUGCUAAAACAAAGUUUUAAAAUACUGACUUUAUAUGUACUUUAUUAGUACUAUCCCUUGUAAUUUACAUGUUCUCUACCCCUUGGGUUGUCCAAAAUCACUACAAAGUGCACUCUACUCAAAGUGCACCCUAUUCCCCCAGUCUUGGCUGUCCAGUGCUGUGUCAGACCCAGUCUCCCACUGUCAACUUUCUCUUUUGUUUUGCUGACGUCUUUUUACAAGCACACACACAUACACACGUGGUUGGAAAACACCUGACAGGUGACUGUGCCACUUCACCUUUCUAAAAACGGGAAGAACUUUUUUAGGCCCCUGGUGCAAAACCUGAGUGACUUGGGUGUUUUGGUGUGUGUUCGUAAAAUGUAUAGUAAUUUAUUUUUUUAAAGUUUGAAUACUAAUCCUAACCCAUUGCCAAGGACAGCGGUGUCGCGCCACACACACUCCAAAUGUAGGCUAUAAACAAUAUGUCUACAGUGGUGCUGGUUGGCUACUGUUUAGUGGCUUUGUGUGUUCUUAGCAGACAGUGGCAAAGCCAGCGCUGUUAAAGAUGUACUCUGGUAGGGUGCCUCUGAAGUCACACCCUAUGUAGUGCACUGCUUUAUCACCAGGGCUCAUAAGACCCCGGUUGAGAGUAGUGCACAAUGUAGUGAAUAGGGUGCCAUUUUGGAUGCACAUAGUCUGCUGCUGCGCUGUACCUUGGGGGUGCGGUGGGAGGGUGUGUCAUCGCCCCAUCUGUAAGUAAAACCAAAUAUCAUUUUCACUAUGCAGUCAUUCAAAUCAGUCAGCUUGCUGUACAUUAGGAAGUCCUCCUGUAUAUAAACAUAUGGUGAUGAAACUGGAGUUGGUGACUGAAUGAGAUCUUCUCCCUAGUACGGGUUGAAUUCAUGUCUUCAGCUAGUCCAGAGGGAAAUUGAGUUAAGCGAGAGACGUGUUUUUGAAUGAGCUGACUAUUUAAGGAUUGUGUUGGGGUGGGGCCGUUGGGUUGUAGUUUUUGGGGUGGGUUAAAUGGGGUUUGUAGUUUGGGGGUUGCUAGUCCAAUGCUGUAAGUAUAUCAAUUGCAUGUUAUUGUCACUGAUGUAACUGCUAUUGAUUUUAGAUUAUGUUUGGGGGGGGGGGCACAACUCUAUUUAUAAUUUUUACAUAUUAUAUAUUCUUUUGCAAAAAAUGUAAUUGUAUACUUAGGAAAAUACACACUUGCCUUUAUGUUCUCUUGACUUGUUUUCAAUCUGCUAUUUGCAAUAUACAUUUUUACUUUUAUUGUUUUUUUAGUUGGUUUCAUGGUGAGAAUGAGUUCUUUUUUUGUCUUUUCCUGAAUGUGCUGUGUGUCUUUUGUUCAAUUAGCUGUGUGAGUGAGGAUGGAGGGCAAAGGUCUGUGUCUUGGAAGGGUUUUGUCUAUGAUUAUUAUUUACCUUUUUUUGUCUUUAAAAAAAAAAAGUUUUUUAUUUGUAUUAUAUUCAGGGAAAAGAUGACACCAAAUUGAAUAAAGAUAUUUCCGGAUGAUCCUAGAGAGCGGUUGAGAUGGAGAGUGUGUGACAGUGUAGUUAGAGAAGAAGUCUUCUUUCUGUCCUUCCGGAACGCCUGGGUCAAAGGUGUCUUUUUCUCUCAAAGCGGAGCGAUCACUUUCACUGCUCCGUUUAGCCGCUUCUUCUUCACCCUGUGUCGCUGUAAAACUUUGGUCCUCCGAUAUCCUCUUAACUUAAUUUUUUUUUUUUUUCCCCCAUGGGCAAAAUAUCAUUGUUUCUCAGUUUAAAUCUUUUGUGUGCCAUUGUAUUUUAUCUCUGCCCAGAAGCCCCACUUUGUUUUUGUGGUUCUCUGAUACUGUAUGGUCAAACUAAUUUGACUGCAUCUGAAAUGGCACCCUAUUCCCUAAAUGGUGCACCAAAAGUAGUGCACUACAACAGGAGUGGGGUGCCAUUUGAGACGGCGCCAAUGAGAGAGCGUCUUAUUAAUGCUGAAAUUGUCAUGAGUGGCGUUUGCACUUGGGCAGCUUUUUGAGUCGGGUGGGAAGGGGUCUUUGGGAGCUCUUUUGGGUUGCAGACGUACCGUUUGACCAAUCACAGACCUGAGACUGGCAGAAGAAAAAACAACUGAUUUCAACAAUGUAUAUGUAUUAUCACUAUUUAUUUAUUGGUUGUGUUUUUUUGUGGGUUUUUUUUUAAGCCAAACAAGACACACAUGGUAAAGAGAAUUGUCUGUCAUUGGCGUUGCCGUUGAUACAAAAGCCAAAUAUCAAACCACACUAACCCACAGGAAACAUUGCUAUUGUAGUGGAGUGGUUUAAACUCUAGAUGGUGUAUGUGCUUUUAGUACUGGCUUGGCUGAGCUGUAGGAUGUCUGUCAUGUUUGUAUACUUUAGUGUGUGCACUCAUUUAAUUGAAAUCCUGCUCAGUCAAGCCAAAUAGGUUAUGGUCUAAACCUUAACAUUUACAGCAUGGGUGGUAUUAGAGAGAGUGCUAAGCUAAUACCCAUUUUAAGUUGGCUCCUAUUGUUUGAAACUUGGAUUGGUUUUACACAAGUAAUGAAUUAUCCUCCUGAAAGAGACUAGCAGUCAACUUUUUACGCAUACUCUGACUGAAAUAAUAGUUUUCUAUUCCGAAGUGGACUGAUUGGCGCGUAUUUAAUCUGUACUCUUAGCGAGGUGGAAUCGCUGUUUUUAAAAUGUUGAUAAAAGAAUAAUUUGCUUGUUCCCUAGGGUUUCUAAAUGCAGUAUUGCAUGACUUGCUCGAUUUGAAAGGGGGGAAAUUGUAUAUACUUUUUCCAUCGCCAUUGCAAUUCCAUGGCUGUUUGUAUGUAUGACUCAGAGUUUGUUCUGACAGUUGUAUCAAUCUACACAGCUACUGUCUCCCUCUGCUUUUCGCUGUCUCUCAUUUUCCGUUAAAUUUCCUCUAUUUCAAACAGAAUAAAUGCCAUUAUAUUGUGAAUACCUCAGGAUUUUUUUGGAGACAAAUCAAAUAAAGAAAACUUCCAAAAUGUUGUGGAGACAUGUUA